CGCUCCGCGUGAGGCACCCGGCGCUGUCCCGACAGCCCAGAGCAAAUGCCGGGAGGGGCCAGCCCGGCUUCCCUCGCCUUUGCGGGGCGCGUCCCGCACACCCGCCUCGCGUUCUGCCUUGCGGUGUUCGAGCUGACCCCGCAGGCAGCGCGGGCGGCGGGGUCGCUGUGUGUUAUCCCAAACCCUUUGACCUUCCAAGCUCAGCAGCACCUGAGGCUCGGGCAGCCCCGGCUCUGAGACCCGGCGCUCACAGAGACACGGCCCCCUGCGCCGGCCGGGCCCGAGCCUCUGUGCGGGACUUGGGGCCCGGGCCCGCAGGGAGCUGCGGUGGCCUGGCGGGACACGGGGACAAACGGGGGUGUGGGCAGUGCUCACCUUGCGCAAACAACAUUGCGGAGGUGCUUAAGGAUAAAGACUGGACUUGGCACCCAGUGCCGUGGUCUGUUUGACGUGGUGGUGUUCGAUCACAGGUUGGACUCGGUGAUUUUUCUAACCAGAGGUAUUGAUUAAGUGAUUCUGUGUGAGUGACCCCGAGAUCCCCUGAGCCCCUGUCCCAGCUAAGCCGCGGUGCUGAGGUGUCUCUGAAGCGCCAAAUGUAACUACUUCGGCCAUUGGGGGACAACUGUGUCCUGCCACACCCAAUGUCACCUGCAGCCCCACCACGGUCGGGCCCGGCAAGGGACUACAACUCCCAGCACGCCUCCCGGCAGCAGCACUACAACUCCCAGCACACCUCCUGGAGGCAGGACUACAACUCCCGGUGUGCUGUGUGGUGGAGGGACGGCAACUCUCCGGUGUGGCGGGAGCCCCGAGCCUUCAGCGCGGAGCCCUCAGCCCUGGCCGAGCGUGUCCCGCCGAGCGCGGGCCGCAGCCCGCCCCGCCACCCGCCGCGGGCCCUGCCCAGGAGGGUCUCGGCUGGCGGCGGGCGGAGCGGCACGGCCGCGUUCAGGGCACCGAUCCCAUCUCCAAAGUCCCUCCAGCCUAAUGGAGCCAGUGAAGAAGCCCUGCGGUGUGAAAUUGAAGAGCUGAAACAGAAAGACCUUGCUCUAGACCAGGAAAUUGCACAAUUAUUGUCCGAGUACGCCCUUGGGAAGCUCAGUGUUCACUGUGAUGCCUUAAUCAUUUUUGUUUCUAAACCAAAAUGUGAUCCAGGAAUUGGAGAUGAGAGCUGACCUUCUAUGAUGCCAUUAUUGGCAUGGUGCAGUGUUGGUUAAAGUGUUGUUGGGCUACAGCCUGGAGGAACUGGACAAGCACAUCUCUCUGCUCCAUGAGUACAAUGAAAUCAAGGAUGCUGGGCAGA